CAGGACACAGCUAGUAUCGUUUUUGUAGCUUCCCUUUUUGGUUGUACGCCCAUCAAUAGACCGAUAACGUUAUCACAAGAUGUCAGAAACGGCCGCCCGCUUGCAGAGCCAGAAUGAGGAGAUGGUCAAGAGCCUGGAAACGCUGCGAGAACAACGGCGGAAACUCGAGGAACGAAUCAACGCCCAGGAGCACCAACGACAAAAAAUCCGCAAGGACAUCGAGGAGCUGCAACGAACGCUGGCCGAACUGGAUGGAUCCAUCACUGCGAACGAGCGUAAACUGAGUGAAUGUACGAAAUGUUUAACAGAAACCGAGAGCGGAUACAGCAAGGUGGUGGAGACGCUCGAGUUGCUGCUGCUGUCGGCCAAGGAAAAAAGUUCCAACAUAAAGAAAGAUUAAAGCGCCCCGGAGCGGUUUGGCUGAAGUUUAAA